AUGAAAAGUUCACUACAUCAAUUUAUACCCGUCCCAACGGAUGAAACUCAUCUAUCUUCCGCACCGACAAUCACCCUUAGACGACCAAGUCGGUUGUCAGUUCAAACAAAUCUGGAUGAAGAAGUCGAUUUCGGUUCACCACUUAACCCUCAUAUGUCAUUUAAACGUUUUAGUAACCCAAUUCAAGCGCGUGUCUAUAAUUUCCUUGAGCGACCAUGCGGCAUCUCUUGUUUCUUAUAUCAUUUCACUGUCUUUGUUAUUGUCAUUGGUUGUCUCGUCUAUAGUUCAAUUUUAACCGUUUAUAUUGAACAAUCGUAUUCGAUUUUAUUUUGGAUUGAAUCUGUACUUUUUGUUCUAUUUCUCAUCGAGUAUAUUGUCCGUGUUUGGUCAUCUGGUUGCCGAAGUAAAUAUCGUGGUCGACAUGGACGAUUAUUAUUUAUGCGUAAAGCAAUGUGUAUUGUUGAUCUAUGUGUGAUUAUUGGCUAUGCUGUUCUUUUAUGUAUUGGUUUAAGUCAUACACAAUUUAGUAUUCAAUUAGUGAGAUACGUGCGAAUAUUGCAAAUUCUUCGAUUUCUUCAUGUUGAUCGACGUUUGACAUCGUGGCGUCUACUUGGUUCAGUUGUUUAUGAUCAUCGUUAUGAAUUAAUUGCCACACUUUACUUUUGUUUUAUUUUCCUCAUUGUUGUGGCAUAUCUGAUCUGGUUAGUUGAAAAAGAUGACACGAAAUUGCCUAGUGAAGACAUGUUUCACAGUUUUGCGGAUACACUCUGGUGGGCGAUUGUGACAAUGGCCACAAUCGGUUAUGGCGAUAAGUGCCCGAGAACUUAUAUUGGUAAGAUGAUCACGUCGUGCUUAUGUAUCUGUGGUGUGGCUUUUUGGACAUUACCAUCGGGAAUUAUUGGUUCAGGCUUUGCUUUGAAAGUUGAACAGAAGAAACGUGAAAAGCAAUUCAAUCGUUUGGUACCAGCUGCAGCGAAUUUAAUACAGAAUUGGUGGCGUUUAGUUGCAUCACGUCGAGCGAAUUUGCCUGCUACAUGGCGUAUCUAUCGUAUUGAAACCAAACGAUCUAAUAAAUUAAAUCGGCAUUUGGGUUCGACAUUCGCUAUGAGCGGUUCGAAUAGUGGCAAUGGCACACCACGUACGCGUAGUGGACAAAACUUCUUUAAUCUAUCGUCGAAUGGCAUGCCUUUAGAUAAAAUAUCGUGGCGUAAAAUUGAAAAAGCCGAAGAUCUCGAUGACAAUCAACGUAUUGCUAUACGUAUGCUACGUAUCAUUAAAUAUCAUGUGGCAAAACGAAAAUUUCGUCAAGCACAUAAGCCAUACGAUUUCAAAGAUAUCAUGGAUGAAAAUGCGCAAGGAAAUUUAAAAGUUAUGUAUACAUUAGCGGACAUUCAACGACGUCUAGAUCAAUCCUUAGGUUUACCUAAAGCCUAUCCACUUGUCCUCUCCGAUAAAGAUCGUGAACAAUUAACAUUGAAUGCCAAAGUCCAACGAUUAGAAACGAAAUUAGUUGGUUUGGAAAAGCAGACUAGUCGAGUCAUUUCAUUAUUAGAAGAAUUAUGUCAACGUUCAAUUCAUGAUGGAACAAACACGACAAUGAAUCAUUUGUCUUCGAAAACACCAACAGAUGAAACAACAUCCUAA